AUGACAGGUAUACCCCAGGGGUAUUUCCAGGAGGGGACAUCGGAGCUGUGGUCCAUCACGGCGGCCUCUGGGCGCCGGGGAACCGCGGGGUCCCACACUGACUGGCGGCCCCGCGCGCUUCUCCGACCCCCGAGCCGGGGCUCCGACUGCCCGGGCUGCUCCCGGCGGCUUCUCCCCGGCCGCAGGAGGAGUUGGACCCCUGGUGCUGGCCCUGUGCCUUACCAAUCAAGCCGGUCCCAACUCCUGCUGGCGCCUAUUGCUUUGGAGAUGGCCCUGCUUCUUCUCCUCUUUGGGGGCUUCUGGGCCCAUGUGGUGAACCUAGAGAGCACAGCUGGUCUGACACCUAUCCCAGAGGUCCCAAGUCCCUCUGAGGCCUUGACCAACAACACAGUGAUCUCCAGUGGGCCAACGACAAGGGACUCUGAGGAGGUUGUCAGCAGCUGGACACAGACCCUAACCCUACCUUCCUCAACUCCCUUUGGAACCACUGAAUUGCCCAUUCUUGGGACUUCCAAUCCCACCAACAAUGCCACUCUUGUACCUGACCCUCUAACCUCCCAGGAAGUUUCCAGCAAGAUGUUAUCACUGCCUGUAGAAACAUCAAAUGCAACCAGUGAUCCUGCUUUCACCAUGGAAUACUCCACUGUGACAGAAAAGACCAUCAUAUUUAAUUCUCUGGAAACCAGCAAAGAGACAAAUGGAUCCCUUGUCACCAUGGGAACAGGCUCCAAGGAGACCAGUGGACACUCUGUUACCACUGCAACAAGCUCCAAUGAGCCCAGUGGAUCCUCUGUUACCACAGCAACAAGCACCAGUGAGACCAAUGGACCCUUUGUCACCACAGCAACAAGCUCCAACAAAACCAGUGGUCCUCCUGUCACCAUAACUACUGGGUCUCUGGAAACCUCCAAUGAGAUUCACGAACUCCCUACCACGAUAGCAACCAGCACUAUGGAGACUUCCAGUGUAACCAGUGGUGCCUCAGUCUCCAUCAUAAAAAUAGCCAUGAUGUCUACCCCAGAGCCCACUAUCAACACAAGCAUACACCCCCAGGAAUCAAAUGGCAAAUUGCUGGUACCUGUGCUCCUGGCCCUGCUGGUGGUUACAGUCCUUGUGGCACUGCUCCUGCUGUGGCGCCAUAGGCAGAAGAGAAGGACUGGGGCCCUGACCCUGAGCAGAGGUGGAAAGCGCAAUGGAGUAGUGGAUGCUUGGGCUGGGCCAGCCCGGGUCCCUGAUGAGGAGACCCCAACAAUAGCAGGGCCCGGGGGUGAUAAAGGCACUGGGGUCCCUGAGACAGAGGAGCUUGGGCCGCAGCCCAUGCUCACCACUUUCUUUGGCAGUCGGAAAUCUCAUCAGGGCUCUCUAGUGCUGGAGGAGCUAAAACCUGGGUCAGGCCCUGACCUAAAUGGGGAGGAAGAGCCGCUGGUGGGCACAGAGGAUGAGGAUGCAGAGACCCCUACUUCUGAUGGGCCAGAAGCUAGAGAUGGGACUGCUCCUCAGUGCUUUUAAAUUCCCAGAGGUCCAAAUCCUUGAGGCCUCCCUCACCUUCCCUGUAGCAUCACUCCCACCCAUCCCCAUCCAGCAUCAUCCUCCAGCAUGCUCUGGAUUCCUGCUCAAUGUCUCUCUCAGCCUGAUCCUUAAUCCUGGAUCCUGCACCCAGCAUCUUCACCCAGUAUUGCAUCUGUAUCCCAGCCAGGGCCUGCACCUGCUGAAUAUUUGUGAACCUAAUGCAACAUUCUUCCUCCUCAUCUUCUCCCCUCCCCCUUUCCUUUUCUCUCCUCCCUGUCCUUGGAACCAGUAGCUGAAUCUUCCUGAAGAAAAUCUCAUUUGACUCAUGGUUUCUUCAAGGACAGCCCCCCGCCCACCCAGGGAUGCUGGAGUCUGAAAAGCACAAAAUUUCCCUGGGAUGAAACUUUGGGAAAUAUAUGAGCCCCCUAGUCAGGACUUCUGUGCAGGAGCAGCUCCUGAACUUCCAAUUUGCUUUGGGACAGCAUGGAGCUUGGAUGGGGCCAUCCAACUAUGCUCUCCAGUGGGCCUUCCCCAGAGUGCAGUGACUCAGUGCUGGUCCAUAGCUCAUACCUCGACACCCUCCCAGCUACUGUGGGAGGCAGGCAGAGGAAGACAUGAAGAGUUUCUGGCCAAGUGAGGCUCCCAGAAGCCGAGACCUGCUGGAUCCACUCAGAAGUGCGGUUUGUGUGCAAGAUUACUAGGUGCUGAUCUGAAGGGUACUGGCACUAUAGACAGAGGGAGGGAGUGGGGCAGAGACUGGGAAGGUGUUACUCCAGCAUGAGGGACACUGCUGGGAACACAGGCUUUUUGCUCACACAGGGUAGACAGAGCUGAAAAUCUAAGUCUGGCUGUAGCCUCCCCACCUCCAGAAAAUGCGAGCUUGAUAGCAAAUUUACAAUCAAGUGUGGGUUCUUCAGUCAAACUACCAUGUCCUUUCCUCAAAGGCUCCCUCACACCCUCAUACCUGUCUCUCACCCCACGCACACACCCGCAUGCACAGCAGCCAGAAGAGGAGAGGAAUCAGCCCAACUGCAGGCACUGGGUGCCCAGAAACCACUGGUUCUGCUGAUCCCUUCACCGUUCACUCUGUUUCCUCUUCCAUUCCAAGGCUGAGCUCCUUCCCUUUUCUAAGGGGAGUAAGAAGGAGUUACAUGAAUGGAUUCAUUUAAUACCAUGAAUGGAAUGGAACAUGGGUGCCAGGGACUCCCCUGAGGGUCUGGGGUAGAGAGAGAGGACUGGCCCCAGUUGUGCAGCCUCUGAGACCAGCCCACCCAAGAGGCAUGUGGUCCAAAGGUGGUUGCUAGAGGAAAUUUGUAAGAGGAAGCUGUUGAGUCAGAGGGCGCAGUCAGACUGUGAACAGAUAGACUGACCUACAAAGAGAUGAGACUGUGGGGUUGUAUGGCCUGGAUGGGGAAAUGAAGGUGGGAUAUAGAGGCUCAGGUGGCUCAUCUAUGCAAGAGAGGGGAAGGGCAACAUUGGAUGGAACAGGACUUUGGAUCAGCUGCCACCAUGUCAGGCUGCCAUCCCCCUCUCCCUGUGGGGAAGAGACUGGAAAUCCAGCCUCCCACCAGCUAGCCAGGCCACACUGAGCCCAUUCCUACUGCUCACAAGGUGCUGUGUGGGUCAACAAAGAAGGGCAGAAGUGAGUUGUGAAAGUCCCUUAAGGGAUACAGCAACUGUUUUCUUAGAUUGGUCAAGGGAGUGCCCCAAUUUCAGGUUUGAGAGCACGGUCACAGAACUGAGAGGUCAAGAGCUUUUCCUCCCUCUUGAUCCACAGUUGUCUUCUGAGCUGUUGCUGAUUUUCAGUUGCUGGGGGACUCCUGAAGGAAAUAUGGUGGAGAUUAGGGAAGGCACCCCACAGGACUUCUGUCCGGACAGUGUCAAAAUGUCUGAAUGUUAAAUUGAGUUACAAGGGGCUGGAGAGAUGGCUCAGCAGUUAAGAACACUGGUUGUUCUUGCAGAAGACCCGGGUUUGAAUCCCAGCACCCACAUGGCAGCUAAUAACUGUCCAUAACUCCUGUUCCAGG